AUGUUUUACCAACUGCCGGGGUAUACAAAUUGUCAUUUGGAUAACAAUGAGGAAUUGCAAAACAUGUUAUUGCUUGGUAAAUCAAUUGGAGUUGAACGAAUUGAUGUUGUUGUUGAGCAAAAAUCAGGCACUGAUAGACAUGGUAGUUUAGCAAAUCCAUGCAUUGAAGAUGAGGAUCAAACAAAUUUGCUUCGUAGAUAUUGUGCACACAGUGAGAAGGUUUUGUUGUCUUCAGUUUGGGCAAAUGGUAUUACGCAUAUUGGUCAAUGUUUCAUAGGAGGAGCAUUUGAGUUUCGUACUAUUUUAUGCAAAUAUGCAGUGCAAUGUGGGUUUAAAUUCAAAUAUUUGAAGAACGAUUCACAACGAAGUACUGCUAGUCCAAAGAGCAACCAAUUUUUCUACCUUAAGAGAUGGACUAAGAUACAUAGUUGUGGUGCUGAUGUUCGUACUUCAAAAAAUCCAAGGCUUAGCUCUGAUUUGGUGUCAAAUGUUGUAUCUGAGCGUGUUAGGGACAGACCACUAACGCGCCCUACUGAUGUGGCAUAUACUUUCAAGGCAGACUAUGGACUUGAUAUCAGCUACCAUAUAGCAUGGUUAGGUGUUGAGAAAGUGAGAGAGGCUAUGCAUUGUGAUUACUUAACAUCGUUUGACCAACUGAGAUGGUAUGGUGAUGCUGUUCAGCGUUAUAAUCCUGGAAGCCAUAUUAAUAUUGACUAUGAUUUGAAGACUAGUCAGUUUAAAAGAUACAAAGGGCAGUUGCUUGUAGCGACAGCUAAAGACGGUAACCAAGGAUUAUUUCCAAUAGCCUUUGCAAUUGUUGAUUCGGAGGGUGAAUCGAAUUGGUCAUGGUUUCUAUAUGAACUGUCAAAAGUAAUUGCUGAUGAUAGACGCAUGACAUUUGUAUCCGAUCGUAAUCUAGCGCUUUUGGAAGCAAUGCCAAAGGCAUUCCCAUCAGCAUAUCAUGGAUGGUGUUUACAACACCUAAAGAAUAAUUUUAGGGACAAGUUGAAGGGUAUGGAGAAUGGUUUCAAGGAACACUUAAUACGGAAGUUGGGUGAUUGUGCAUAUGAACCUACUGUGACAGGUUUUCAUGCAUUACUAGAAGAGUUGAAAAGUGAAGGGAAGCAACGAGCAUAUAACUUCUUGUCAAGGGGACAACGAUAUGGUGAAAUGACAUCCAAUGCUGCUAAAUCAUUCAAAAAUUGGAUUAAAGAAGCACGAAAUCUUCCAAUAACAAAAUUGGUUGAUACUAUCCGGAAUCAAAUAAUGUGUCAAAUGUCAGAGCGAAGGGAUAUUGCAAACAAGUGGAAUGGAAUUAUUUGCCCUACCUUUGAGACUAACCUCCAAGAUUCAUUCAAUUCUAGUAGGUCAUGGAAUGUGAGUAAAGCUAAUGAUGAUGUGUUCGAGGUGCAUUCGUUUCCAUCAGUUACGGUUGAUGUUGGACGCUGUGUUUGUUCUUGCUACCAGUGGCAAAUAAAUGGAUUUCCUUAUGAACAUGCUGUUGCGGCUAUCCAAAGGAGUGCAUAUAAUCUUAAUAAUUGUGUUGAAAAAUAUUUUCAUGUAGAAAAUUAUAGGGAAGCAUAUGCAGCAGUUAUUUUCCCAAUACCAUCUGUGGAGAAACCAGAUUUUUGCUCUAGCGAUUUCAUUAUAUUACCUCCAAUUGUAAAACGGCCAGCUGGUAGGCCGAGAAAGAGUAGAAUACCAUCUCAAGGGGAAAAAGUAAGUCAAAUCAGGUGUGACAGAUGUGGAAAGAUGGGCAGGCACAAUCGGAAGUCGUGUAAAGAACCAAUACAGAGUUAUAUUGGUUGA